GCGCCGAGUCUGCGCGCUGACGUCCGACGCUCCAGGUACUUUCCCCACGCCCGGCCGGGCUUGGCGUGGAGGCGGGGCGCGGCGCGCAGGGCGCAUGCGCCGCAGCGCCAGCGCUCUCCCCGGAUCGUGCGGGGCCUGAGCCUCUCCGCCGGCGCAGGCUCUGCUCGCGUCAGCUCGCUCCCGCCGCCAUGCCCACCACCAUCGAGCGGGAGUUCGAGGAGUUGGAUACUCAGCGUCGCUGGCAGUCGCUGUACUUGGAAAUUCGAAAUGAGUCCCAUGACUAUCCUCAUAGAGUGGCCAAGUUUCCAGAAAACAGAAAUCGAAACAGAUACAGAGAUGUAAGCCCAUAUGAUCACAGCCGUGUUAAACUGCAGAAUGCUGAGAAUGAUUAUAUUAACGCCAGUUUAGUUGACAUAGAAGAGGCACAAAGGAGUUACAUCUUAACACAGGGUCCACUUCCUAACACAUGCUGCCAUUUCUGGCUUAUGGUUUGGCAGCAGAAGACCAAAGCGGUUGUCAUGCUGAACCGCAUUGUGGAGAAAGAAUCGGUUAAAUGUGCACAGUACUGGCCAACAGAUGACCAAGAGAUGCUGUUUAAAGAAACAGGAUUCAGUGUGAAGCUCUUGUCAGAAGAUGUGAAGUCGUAUUAUACAGUACAUCUACUACAAUUAGAAAAUAUCAAUUAUAUUGAGAACUUGUGGAUCACACUGUAUUUGAAAUUAUUAAUGCUGGAUGUUAAAAGGUCACUAAAAAGUGGUGAAACCAGAACAAUAUCUCACUUUCAUUAUACUACCUGGCCAGAUUUUGGAGUCCCUGAAUCACCAGCUUCAUUUCUCAAUUUCUUGUUUAAAGUGAGAGAAUCUGGCUCCUUGAACCCUGACCAUGGGCCUGCGGUGAUCCACUGUAGUGCAGGCAUUGGGCGCUCUGGCACCUUCUCUCUGGUAGACACUUGUCUUGUUUUGAUGGAAAAAGGAGAUGAUAUUAACAUUAAACAAGUGUUACUGAACAUGAGAAAAUACCGAAUGGGUCUUAUUCAGACCCCAGAUCAACUGAGAUUCUCAUACAUGGCUAUAAUAGAAGGAGCAAAAUGUAUAAAGGGAGAUUCUAGUAUUCAGAAACGAUGGAAAGAACUUUCUAAGGAAGACUUAUCUCCUGCCUUUGAUCAUUCACCAAACAAAAUCAUGACUGAAAAAUACAAUGGGAACAGAAUAGGUCUAGAAGAAGAAAAACUGGCAGGCGACCGAUGCACAGGACUUUCCUCUAAAAUGCAGGAUGCAAUGGAGGAGAACAGCGAGAGUGCUCUACGGAAACGUAUUCGAGAGGACAGAAAGGCCACCACAGCUCAGAAGGUGCAGCAGAUGAAACAGAGGCUAAAUGAGAAUGAACGAAAAAGAAAAAGGUGGUUAUAUUGGCAACCUAUUCUCACUAAGAUGGGGUUUGUGUCAGUCAUUUUGGUUGGCGCUUUUGUUGGCUGGACACUGUUUUUUCAGCAAAAUGCCCUAUAAAUAAACAAUUAAUUUUGCCCAGCAAGCUUCUGCACUAGUAGCUGACAGUGCUACGUUAAUCACAGGGGUUUGUCUGCAGCAAACGCCUCAUAUCCCAAAACGGUGCCGUAGAAUAGACACCAACCAGAUAAGUGAUAUUUACAGUCACAAGCUCAACAUCUCAGGACUCUUCACUGCAGGUCCCUCUGAAACCCAAACUGUAAAUGGCUGUCCAAAAUAAAGACAUUCAUGUUUGUUAAAAACUGGUAAAUUUUGCAACUGUAUUCAUACAUGUCAAACACAGUAUUUCACCUGACCAACAUUGAGAAAUCCUUUAUCACAGGAUUUGUUUUUGGAGGCUAUCUGGAUUUUAACCUGCACUUGAUAUAAGCAAUAAAUAUUGUGGUUUUAUCUACGUUAUUAAUGGAAAGGAAAUGACAUUUAAAUAAUGUGUGUAAUGUAUAAUGUACUGUUGACAUGGGCAGCAACACUUUAUAUUCUUAAACAUUUCAGGGUAAAUAUAUUUUAUAAAUAUCUAUUUAAUCUUUUGUAGUUAACUGUACUUUUUAAGAGCUCAAUUUGAAAAAUCUGUUACAUAAAAAAAUAAAUUGUGUGUUGAUUGAA